GUUCAAAUGCAAAGUUGUUCAUUAGGGAAGUAUUUUUGCCAGAAGAAAAGUCGGAAUCAGUGGAACUAAAUGUUGCAAUAUUGCGAUCAUCAUUGUAAUUUUUUUCUGAAAAAAGAUUGCUGAUGCAAGUUAAUGACUUUCCAGACUAUGAAAACUGCUGGUUUUGUAAGCAUUUUAAAUUUGCACCACAUUCAACCGGAGUGCAUUCAGCACUCCAAGAAUCCAAUAUGGCUGAUCAGUAGAAAAGCGGAACCGUCGCCUUCGCUUGCUGCACCUUUGUCUGUCAAACGUCAUGUUGUGGAGAAAACUGCAAUUCUGUCAUUCUGAUAAUAAUAAAUGAACGAUUGAGAAAGUAAAGCCAGGAGAGAAACGACAGCAGUGGAAACGCGAAUAAGUUGCAGCGCUCGAUCGAAAAUAAAAACACCGUCGCAAUGGCUGGCCUGGUCCAGGACUGUUUCUCUAUCGGUAGCACGGUAGAGUGCACGACCUGCUACAAUGCUAACAUCGAGGGCGAGGUGUUGGCGUUUGAUCAGCAAACGAAAAUGCUCAUACUAAAAUGCCCUUCGGCAAGUAAAUCCGCAAAACUGAACGACGUUUACAUCGUCAAUCUGGCAAUGUGCAGUGAUGUUCAGGUUAAAAAGGAAGUCUGCAUAGUUCCGGAGCAACCGCUGUCGUUAAAUCUGGAGCGCUUGAGCACCCGCACCAGGAAUCAGGUGGAACAGAAACGACUCCAACUCACGGCGCUUUCUGCCGGCGUCAGUCCCGAAGGUCAGAACCUUUACAUGGCUAUCGCACGCACUAUCAAACAGGUCACCUGGUCCGGUCCAAAUAUUGUAGUCUGCAAAGACGUAACGAUAACACCUCCAUACAAAGUAGACAACGUGAACAGUUCGGACCAGCGGCAGCUGAGUUACGUGAAGAAGAUCGUGGAAAAACACGAAAAUGAUCAAGCCAACAUAAAUCAAAGCACAUCGGCGGCAGACAUUGCGGCGAAUUGAGAUGCUCAAACCGUUUGGAUAUCUUGGUUUGGGUACGGUUAUGAAACGGGCGUGAAUGGUGAUGGCGCCGAGCCAAGGAUCAAGCCGUGAAUGUACUUUGUGCGGAUGCGUGGGUACCAAAAAGUGGAAGCACUCUUCGGACCGGGGCCACAGUAUGUUUGAUUGAUGAUGAAUGGUGUUUGGUAUGGGCUAGGAUCUGGACAAGGUUAGGCGGUUAGAGACGAAUAGAUCGAGUAAAAUCACAACAAAAAAAAAAAAACAAUAAACAUGUGAACAGUGAAAAGGUAAUAAUUUGUCAUGCCAUACUCUUCCGAAA